CGCCGACGACCGUGUGUGCGUGUCAGACUCCGUCGUGGCAAGCCGGUGCGCACGGUCCGGUAUGUUGUGUAUGUGACCGAGUACGUUUUUUCGGCAUUUAUUUUUACGCGUUCCGUUAUUCCGUUCGCCGUUGUUCCGUUUCGUUCAUUUAAUCUAAUUUGUUUAUUUAAUUUUGUUUUUUCGGCGUAUCAACCGCGCGGCAAGCAGUCGCGUACAUGCGUUUAACUCUUACGGUAUAAUAUCGUUACCCGUCUCUACGCGUUUAUACGGUUCGCGUCCGAUCAAAGUCCGUCUUCGCCGCCGCGUGUGCUGUCGAACUCGAUACGGAAAAAAACCACACACACACAAAACGUCCGAGAAACGGUUUAGCGUCCUGCGAACGAAGACGAUGAUCCGCGACGACUCGUGGCGUCGCCGGUACGGGGACAACAAUACCGCCGCGUCGAUCCGCCGGACCGUUUGACGAUCUAAAUAGGUCCGCGUGGAUACGGUGGUGGGCACGCGUGUACGGCACGGCAAUCGGUCGUGUGAUUAAAACAAAACAAAACAAAAAAAAAAAAUAAACAAAAAAAUACUGCGCGCGAUAUCGACAAGACUGCGGUGUUUACCGGACACAUAUCUGUCGACACGUUUCGUUUCGGCGACACUGCUGUUCGGGGGCCGAACGUUAUGAUAGUAAACAUGUGCAAAAAUACGAUGAUCGUCGGCGGAGCUAUGCUGUUGAUGUUGGCCACGGAGUUGGUAUCAGGAUCCAUUGAUCACAAAGUACCAGAUGAAACGAUUUCACCUUUAAUUGAAGCUACGUCAAUAAGAGGUCCUUAUUUUGACAAAGUCGCAUCAAAAAAUGUCACUGCGUUAGUCGGUCACACUGCCUAUUUGAACUGCAGAGUGAGAAAUCUAGGAAAUCGGACGGUAUCAUGGGUUCGACAUCGGGGCAUACACUUGCUAACCGUGGGCCGGUACACGUAUACAAGUGAUCAACGAUUCCAAGCAAUACAUUCACCUCAGAACGAAGACUGGACACUACAAAUACGGUAUCCUCAAAUUAGAGACAGUGGAUACUACGAAUGUCAAGUAGGCACAACGCCUCCAAUCGGACACACAAUGGUUUUAACGGUUGUAGAACCCAUAACAACAAUCAUUGGAGGUCCUGACAUGUUCAUCAAUAAGGGUAGUACUAUGAACUUAACGUGCAUCAUAAAACAUAGUCCAGAACCACCACCACUGAUUUACUGGACACAUGACUCAAAAGAAAUAAAUUAUGACUCGGCCAGAGGCGGGGUGAGCGUGAUCACCGAGAAAGGCGAAGUAACCACCAGUUAUUUGCUCGUACAGAGAGCGACCAGCACGGAUUCGGGAAAAUACACGUGUCACCCAAGCAACGCAAAUCCUCACACCGUCGUUGUACACGUUCUUAACGGAGAGCAUCCGGCGGCCAUGCAAAAAGGUUCAAAGCUCAGUUUGAAAUCUUCACUAUCAUUCCUCAGCGUCGGUUUGGUGUUAUUUAUUAGCACGUGAUUUAAAAAUUGUAAAAUAUUAUUAAUAAAUUAUUAACUGUACAAUACUAAAGACAUAAACUAAAACUUAUAAGUUGUACAAUUAUAUUAUGUAAUAUUACAUUAUAAUAUAUAAUCAUACCUUUAUGAUUUUCAGUUAUGCAAUGACUGUAUACUCAAACCGUUGUUUAUAUUAUAAGACUACCUAUGUAGGUAUUUUAAAAGUACUCAAAUUAAAGAGAAAAAAAUAAAUCCCAAAACUAUAGGUAUGAUAAUUUGUCCACAAUAUUAUUUUAAAAAUUUUUUUUUAGUUUCGUUUUUAAAAAUGUAAACCUGGUCUAUUUAUUCUAUUUUAUUUGGAAACUCUUUUAAAGAUAAAAAUAAUUGUACACUUUAAACAGUAUUUUGUCUUCCAACAGUGAUAGUUAUUUUUAACUAAUUGGCACAGUGAUGCUAAAUACUAUUGAGUAUUAAUGUAUUAUUGACCCAAAAUAAAAAAAAAAUCAUUAUCAAUGAAAUUCAUAUUUCAAAUGUAUCUUAUUAUAUUAUAUAAAUAGUUAAUAAUUUAAUGUAAAAAAAAAAAUAUCAAAAUUGGUUUUUAAACAAAUAAACAAAAAAAAUAAGUGUCUUGACAAUGUUUGUGGCUAUAAUUAAAUACAUACCUUACGGCACCACAUUCAUUCUGUUUCUAAGAACUGUUUUUUUAUACAUUUUCCUCAUUAAUGUAAAUGUGAUUAAUUUUUAAAUCAUAAUAUUGUUAAUAUUAUAGCUGUAGGUAAAUAAUAUUAAAACACCUUAAAUUAAGUUGGUGGCCAGAGACGAGGUCACAAACACACAAGUACCUAAAUUCAUUUUUGGUAACUCUAUUACUAAAAUACUUAAUUAAUACUGAUCUAUUAUUAUUAUUAUUAUUAUUGCAAAGCAAUUUGAGAAUCUGUACAAAAACAAAUUAAAAUUAAUAGAUUUAUCCAUUAUUAACGUGGUUUUAUACAACUUUAAUGAGUUUAAUGAAUAAAAGUUGUAUUAAAACUGCUUUAAAUAAUACAAUUGACAACGAUUUAAUAAUAGAUUUUAUAAUCGAAUAAAAUGUCCAUGAUUAUAAAUUUAUAAGAAAAACUUCAAUAUUUUAUUUUCAUUCGUUAAUUUCUAAGUAUAGAAUAAUAUUAGUAUUAAUUACAUUCUAUUUGCGGCCUUCUACUGAAAAUACUAUAUAAAUGAUCUUCAGCCAUCAAUAAUUCUAUUAGUAUAAUUUAAUAUAUUAUUAAAAUAAUAAAAUAUCUAUUGUUAUAAGUAAUAUAACACACUUGAAACCAAUAGGCAAUAAGUAAACUUUCGUUAUUAUAAAAUAAUAUAUUCGUAUUGAAUAUAAAGCCAAAUUCUAUUCAACAAUGGAAGAUUUAGUAGGUCUAGAAAAUAAUAAAUAUUACUGCGAAAAACAAAAUGAGUAUUUUAUAAAACGAAUUCUACACAUUGCUUUGUACAUAAUUAUAUCUUAUUCGAGUAUUACAAUAACUGAUGAAUUGCUUUAGUGCACAUAAGUUACCUGUACGAAACAAUAGUCAAUUUGAGAUACGUGGGAAAUGCAAAAACGAUUACAAACAAUAAAUAAUAUCAAUUAUUAUUAGAAUUGUCUUCAUGAAAAAUGUCACCUUUAUACAGUUAAAAAAAUAAAUAAGAACAACAAUGCAGUCAUUAGUCACUUAUAUAGUUAUAUAUAUACUUACUUCAUAUUUUCACAUCUUAAAACAAUUUUGUAUUGGAAAAAAAUCUAAAAGCUAAUAUAGAUUUACCUCACUAAUAUUAUUGUAUAACGUAUAGUUUACGAUAUAUGCAUUGCAUUCAUAUAUAGGUACAUAUUGAUUUUUAGGUGGAUUAAAACAUAAAUUUAUGCAUAUAUACUAGUUAUAUAACAUAAGUUUAUAUUUUAAUUGAAAAACAAAUUAUUUACACCGCCAAAAAUUGAGUUUAGGUAUACUUCAAACAUACUUUUUAAUUCUUAUACAUAUUAUAUGUUUUUUUUAUUUUAUAGGUAAAAUAUAAACUUAACACUGUUUUUAAAUAUAUUUUAAUUUGUUUAUAAGAUAAUAUACAUAAUUAAAAAUGUGUAAAAAAAAAUAUGUACUAACCUGCAAAGUGAAUGUUUAUACUUAUAAUUAUGCUUUACGCAGUUAUUUAAACAUUGUAUAAUAAAUUAAUAAAACAUAUUUCAUAUUUAUGUACGUAUCUAUCCUUGAUAAAUAUAAUACAAUUAAGCAAAUAUUAUGAUCUGUUAUAAUGCAUUGAUCAUAUUAUAUUAUCUAAUAAUCCAUAAUAUUAUUAAGUAAAUAUUAAAUUUAAGUAAUGGUGAUUUUUUUUUUUUUUUUUUAAUUGGCACUAAGUUAUAAUAAAAAUAAUAGACAAACAUUAAUUUUUUCAAAAUAUUUUUAUUUUUGUAAAUAAAUUAGUGAAGUACACGUUUUGUGAACAAAUUAAAAAAUUUGUAGAGUUGAAUAAAUUAUAUUUAUUGUUUAUUUUAUUCUUGUUGUAUACACCAUUUCAUACAUUUUAUCAUCGUGAAACAUGUAUAGUUAUCUAUAAAAUUUUGUUAAGUUUUUCUUAUUUUAAUCUUUUCUUUUAUAUACAUACAUACAAAUAUUUAUUCAUAUAAGUUAAUGUUACCUACCUAAUUAAUCGUAAUUUGAUGUUCAUUAAAUGUUAUUUUAUUCUGAA